UUGCCAUCCCUAAAUAUGCCUCUUAGAAUAUCAAAUCGGGUACCCUUUUGGCUCCUCUUUUAUUUCUUGGCUUUUGACAGUUAUUGAUUUAUAAUCAUUUGUUUCCUUCUGGUUGCUUUUUGUGGCAUUAUGUCGGGCACAGAGGACGUAAAAGAUCAAGAAAUGGUGGAUGGGAGUGCCCCUGAGGAGUCUCAGAAGUCUAUGCCAUCAUCUCAAGAGGAGGAGGCAGCUGUAAAAAAGAAGUAUGGAGGGAUCGUGCCCAAAAAACCCCCACUCAUUUCUAAGGACCAUGAGCGUGCUUAUUUUGAUUCGGCUGAUUGGGCUCUUGGAAAGCAAGGUGUUUCGAAACCAAAAGGACCACUUGAAGCUCUUCGGCCAAAAUUGCAGCCCACACAACAGCAAACACGAUAUAGAAAGUCUCCUUAUGCUCCUUCUGAUGGUGAAGAUGCAGAUGCAGGGAGUGCUCCCUCUGAGGAAGCAAGUGCAAAUGAAUGAGAGAUUGUUGUUGAUGAGGAUCAUUGAUUGUUAUUCUAAUAUCUAAUUAGGUGAUGAUAAUAAAGUUGGUGAAAAUGAUAUUAGCUAAAAAGAAACAAAUCACAAUAGUUUUAUGUAGCUGAGACCUUGUGUGAACUAAACUUCUUUUUCUGGAUGUGGGACAUAAUUGCUUGUUCUAUGAUUCAAAAGCUUCUUUUUCUUCUUAGAUUUAA